AUGAAUGAAUUAUCUAUAAGAGAGCCAAAAAAGUGUGAUGCUUGGGCUGGAAUUCUUACCGGUGUUGGUCAGAUGUUUUAUGGAGGGAAAGACGAAGUCUGUGAUGUCAUGAUGAAGUAUCAAGUGGAGAGCGGGUACAAAGUCAAACCUUUGAAGACUGAUCAGAAGCGUUAUAUUGUUUGUUGCCUUUUCAAAGAAGAAAAAGGAUGUUUCAACAAGUAUUGCUGUCCUAUGCUAAUAAUUGAUGCUACGUUUCUUACUGGAAAGUUUAGGGGUGGUCUUAUGGUAGCUUGUGGGAAAACUGGCAACCAAGAGAUACUUCCACUUGCAUUUGGGCUUGUAUCAGGUGAAAAUGAUGAUAAUUGGCACUGGUUUCUGGAAAAUUUGAAGGGAAUUGUUGAUGCUGAUCGUCCAUUGACCAUCAUAUCUGAUCGUGGAACUGGACUUUUGAACAAUGUACCUCUUGUCUUCCCGAAUGAUUUUCACUCAUAUUGCUCGUACCAUAUGAAAAGUAAUAUUCCAGUUAGCAAGGGCAAGAGUAGACAAAUUGCUAUUAAGUUGUUUGAGCAAUGCUAUAGUUCUGUCACGAAGGAGCAAUUUUUGAAGGCAGUGUCAAGCAUGCACAACUUGAAGUUGUUUUCUGUUAUUGAGUGGAUGAAGAAGAUCCCACUGAAGAAUUGGGUUUCUCAUGAGUUUGAAGGGGAAAGGUUUGGAGAGCUUACAUCCAACAUAGCUGAAAGCUUCAACAGCUUGAUUAAGCAUGAAAAGCGUCUUCAAGCUAUUGAGUUGAUUGAGUGUAUUCGUGCUAGGACAAUGGAGACAAUAUGGAAGAGGAAGGUUGCAUCUAGCGAGUGGAAUACAAGACUUACCCCCAAUAUGCAAGCAAGGUUGGACAAGAGGAUUACCGAUUGUCGUAAAUACAAGGUCCGUAGAGCUAGUGAAAAAGGUAUUUGA